AUGAAUAUUGUUCAGAUUGCUUUCCUGGCAGUUGUUAGACAAAACGAAUUAACAGAAAGCGAGGUAGGAAGUAAAUCGGUCACCUCGUACGAGUCCGGGGUUGACACAAGUUCGGGAAUGUGGAAGUUUAGAGACCACGCAAGUGCGAGCGCCGCCGUUCCGCUGCCUGGCGGGCUGCGGCUCCUGCGGGGCGCGGGGGUGCGGGUCGGACGCUCCGUCGGGGUCUCCCCUCGGCCCCGGCUGCGGCUUAGAGGCGCGGGGAAGGCGGGACUCAAUAUGGAGCCGUGGGAGAGGACUUGGCACUUUAAUCCCUUCAAAGAAACCGAUCUAAUUCAAGCCCUACAACUCUUGAAAGUCUUUGAGCGGACAGUGAUUGUUUCCCCAGGAAAGCCAGAUAAAGAUCUCUGUGUGCUGGCGUUUAAAGAGACUUCGGUGGCGCCAUGGCCGCGGUGGGCUGUCCUCCGGAACGACUCCCUCCAGGCUUUCCUCCAGGACCGCACCCCCAGCGCCUCCCCAGACUUGGCCAAGCACUCGCCCCUGGCUCUUCUGGCCGCCACCUGUAGCCGGAUCGGACAGCCGGGCGCGGCGCCCUCGGAUUUCCUGCAGGUCUCUUACGACCCGACGCUGGGAUCCCCCUCCAGGAUCUUCCACCCGUGGAGCGGCGAGAUGCCGGCGCACUCGCCGGGGGGGCUGCCGCCGCCGCACCCCAGCCUGGGGCUGACCCCUCAGAAGAACCACCUGCAGCCCUCCUUCGGGGGGGCGCACGAACUGCCCCUCACCCCCCCCGCGGACCCCUCCUACCCCUACGAGUUUUCCCCCGUCAAGAUGCUGCCCUCCUCCAUGGCCGCCCUGCCGUCCAGCUGCCCCCCCGCCUACGUCCCCUACGCCGCCCAGGCCGCCCUGCCGCCCGGCUACUCCAACCUGCUGCCGCCCGCGCAGCCCUGCCGGCAGCUCUCGCCCAACCCGCCGCCCGAGGACAUCCCCUGGUGGAGCAUCCAGCAGGCCGGCGCCCCGGGCGGCUGCGGCCACCGCUUCCCCGCGGCCGCGGCGCUGCCGCGGGCCCUGGUGCUGGGCCACUCGGACUUCGCUCAGUACCAGACGCAGAUCGCCGCCCUGCUGCAGACCAAGUCUCCCCUGGCGGCCACGGCCAGGAGGUGCCGCCGCUGCCGCUGCCCCAACUGCCAGUCGGGCGGCAGCGCCCCGGAGGCGGAGCCGGGCAAGAAGAAGCAGCACAUCUGCCACAUCCCCGGCUGCGGCAAGGUGUACGGCAAGACCUCGCACCUGAAGGCGCACCUGCGCUGGCACACGGGCGAGCGGCCCUUCGUCUGCAACUGGCUCUUCUGCGGGAAGAGCUUCACCCGCUCCGACGAGCUGCAGCGGCACCUGCGGACUCACACGGGCGAGAAGCGCUUCGUCUGCCCCGAGUGCGGGAAGCGCUUCAUGCGCAGCGACCACCUGGCCAAGCACGUCAAGACCCACCAGAAUAAGAAGCUGAAGGCGGCGGCGGACGGCGUCAAGCGGGAGGACAGCCCGCGACCUGUGACCGCCGGGCGGCGGGGCGGCAUCGGGGACCGCCGGCGGACGCCGCCCCCGCGGGCCGGGCCGAGCCGAGCCGCGCUGCGCCGCGGCGGGGACCUGCGCUGAGGGGGCCGGCAGCCGGGCGCAGGGCGGCGGGAAGGGGGGGCCCGGCCCUCGGACUCGCGUCGGGCCCGGCGAGCGGGAGCUCGGCUGGGGGCGGUGCCGGGAGGAGCCGCGGCCCCCUCAGGCCCAGGACCGGACGCUCGCAGGCCCCCGCGGCCGCCGCGGCUCGCCCCGCGCCCGGGCCGGGCGCCCUGCCCGCCCCCACGGCUGGGGGGAGGCUGCGGCCGCUGGGGCGGGAGCGGGGCCGCCGCGGGGGGUCGGGGCUUGUGGGCGCCCGGGGAGGGGGCGGCCGUGCCGGGGCCCGGCCCUCGGCGCUUUCAGGGGAAAGGACUGAAGUUUUGUUGUACAGGUUAUUUAAUAGUUCUGUUUGAGUACGAGUGUCUCUCUCCUCGUCCUCGGCCCCGUGCGGGGCUCCAGCAUGAGAUAUUUCUGUAAAGCGACCCGCGACUGCAGCGUGAAAUAAACACGUUAACACCGGGGUCUGCAGGGACGGUCCCGCCGCGUGGGUUUCAUUUGAUCGUCCCCCCGGGCUCUUCCCGCCCUCCCCGCGCGCUGGGCCGCUCCGCUCGCGGCCGCCUCCUUCCCGCCAUUUCCUGCUGAGGCGGGCGGCCGCUGAGGUGGCGGCCCGGGCCCAGCUUCGUCGCCGCUGUCAAGGGGAGCUCAGCGCACGGCGACCAGGGAGCUGCUCAUGCGCCCAAGCCACCAAGGACCUGGAAGUGUUCGGCAACCAGCAAAGGGUCACAAUUAUCAGACUUUUUCAGGAAAACCUUUGGAAGAAAAGUGUGAAGGACCCUAUCAAGUACUGCUGAUGACCUUUACUGCCAUCAAGAUAAGAGAACAACCAGCCUGGAUUCACUACUCGCGGAUAAAGAAGGCUCCUGAGAAAUCAUGGGCCAUCAUCCCGGCAGGACGCACAGGACUACAGUUCUUCAGAUCAUGACUAUAAUAGGACUGUUGCCCCAUUUGAAUUUAAUCUUAUGGAACAAAAAUGGACAUUUAUCAUUGGUACAAAGUAUCUCUCAGGCUUUGAAUAAGACUGACUCUUGGAUAUGUACUUGUAUGCCUGAACAUGGGGGAAAAGGUGUAUCGUUGAUUGGAAUCUCAUUGCCUAGGAAUCAAUCCUGGAUAAAUCUUUGGGAAAACACUGCUUGGAAUACUGAAAAUGGUGAAAUUCUAAAAUUGGAGAUAGAUAGUCCUGAGAUUCAGGAAUCAUACUAUAUGUGUGUACAAAGAUGUAAUCCACCCAGAGGACAAGGUAAAUUAGAUUGUAAUCCUGUAACUUAUGUAGGGAAUCAAAUGGUCUGCAAUACAACUUUAGAUACUGGUACCUCACUUUUUGUUAAUUCUACAGUUUGGCCAGUACCGGAAGGAAAAGGAUGGUACUGGCUGUGCAAUGAUAUGGCUUGAAAAGUUUUACCAAAAAAUUGGAUGGGGACAUGUACAUUGGGAGCGGUAGUUCCUAAUAUGACUUUGCAUGAUUCCUUAUCAAAAGGGUACCUGAGAAAUCAUGUUCGGAAAGUUAGACAAGAUGUUGAAAACCCCCUGAUAAAAAGACCAAGUGCUUUUCAUAGCUUUGCCCAAUGGUUUAUCCCAUGGUUGGGAGUAAGUGAGUUGGAAAAGGCCAUAGUUAAUAUAUCAGCAAUAAUAGAAAACUUAGAAGAUAAAACAAUUGAUGCAAUAAAGGCUCAACAAAUAGAAGUAUAUAGUUUGUCACAAGUAGUAUUACAAAAUAGAAUGCCUUUAGAUUUAUUAUUAGCAGCUCAGGGAGGAGUGUGUACAAUUAUUAAUACUAGUUGUUGCAUGUACAUAGAUCAAAGUGGAAAGUUUUCCACUGACUUAGAGGAAAUAUGGAAACAGAUGAGGGUUUUGCAUGAAAUUGCAAAGAUGAUUUGUCAUGGGAUUUUAAGAAAAUAUGGAAUAAACUAACCUUGUGGUUGCCUAACCUAGGAUGGCUAAAACACACUUUUGCUAGAACAGUUAUAGUAGUAAUCUUAGGAAUACUAAUAUGUGUAUCACUUCGAUGUUUCAUUUGGUGUUGCUGAGGAAUAAUCAUAGGGAAUGAUGAUUUUCUGUAGUUGCAAAAGAAUUUGCAAAAGUUACUAGAAAAGGGGGGAAUGAAUGAUGAAUUAUGUGCCACUUACCUAAAGAAUGAUAUACUUACGUUUAUCUAAAAGUUGGGAAAUGUCCAAAGACCCUUAUUGUUGACAUAAAGGAUGUACUAAUUGCUAAGUCCUUGGAUUUUUGUUAUCUUUAAGAAGGCCAUCUGGUCCUAAGUUCUUGUUGUCUAUGCAACGUGGCAAAGACAAGGACUUUAAAUCAUGGUCACCAGUUUAGCGAGGAACAGAGUCUGCGCAGAGGUAAGAGGUAAAAAGUUCACUGGAGGAAGACUCAAGAUCUUCAUCCUGAAGACACCCAGAUGACCACUCCUCAAGGAUAUUGCGCAGGUGCAAGAUAUGUAAAUGAGUUCCCAGAAUUGUAAUGAAUAUCUAAAUUAUUUCCUGGAAAAUUAAUGAAUAGGUAUGAGUAGUCUGUAUAAAGAAGGGACUGAAAAGUCCCCUAGGUGUGCAUGACUUUGGUGGAGCGAUCCCCCAUGCACCCAGCGCUGCCAAAUAAAGAUAUCCUCAGCUC